AUGGAGCUGGAGGGGCAGUGGUGGAAAGGACAGCUGGCUGCCGACAUCCACCAAGCUCUUCGCUACAAGGAGCUGAAGCUACCGUGUUAUAAAGGCCAGUCUCCCCAGUUAAAUCUGAGAAGGUAUUUUGCAGACUUGAUUGCCAUUGUGAGCAACCGAUUCCGACUCUGUCCUGCUGCCCGGCAUCUUGCUGUUUACCUGUUGGACCUCUUUAUGGACCGUUAUGACAUCUCCAUUCAACAGCUGCACAUGGUUGCUCUUUCCUGCUUGCUUUUAGCAAGUAAAUUUGAAGAAAAGGAAGACAGUGUGCCUAAGCUUGAACAGCUGAACAGCUUGGGGUGCAUGAGUAACAUGAGCCUGGUCCUAACUAAGCAGAAUUUACUGCACAUGGAACUGCUCUUGCUAGAAACUUUCCAGUGGAACCUCUGCCUGCCCACAGCUGCUCACUUCAUAGAUUACUAUCUCUCGAUCGCCGUUCACGAAUCGGACCUCCAUGACGGGUGGCCGAUGGUUUGCUUGGAAAAGACCAAAUUGUACAUGGCCAAAUAUGCCGACUACUUUCUGGAAGUAUCCCUGCAAGAUCAUGCAUUUUUAAAUUAUGCCCCUUCGUUAGUGGCUGCUGCAUGUGUGGCUUCCUCCAGGAUUAUCUUGCGUCUUUCUCCAACAUGGCCAGUGCGACUACAUCGUCUGACAGCAUAUUCCUUUGAUUUUCUAUUGCCUUGUAUUGAACGACUAUUGGUGGCCCAUGAUAAUGACGUAAAAGAAGCCAACAAGCAAAAAGGACAACAUAGCUCUCAAGCAACCCAUAACACUUUAUUUCAAACAACCGGUCAACCCACACAGCAGCACAUAUCCCAUUAUAUUCAAGCUCAUCAGACUCCUCUACCGUAUCUUCAAACAGCAGCGCAACAAAACUGUGAGCCGAUUAUGUCAAGCAGCAGUCAUACCUCAACCUACCCGAUGCAGACUUGCCCAGCUGGUUUACAAGGUGGUGUUCAGGCUCAAAGUCAUAUACAGACUUCUGGAAUGUCACUAGCAGUCCCUAUAGAGGUGAAGCCAUGUUUAAAUGUCUCCUAUAAUCGAACCUAUCAGAUUGCUGGACACUACCCUUGUAUUACUCCAUGCUUUGAGAGGUGACGACUACAGCAGAACUCUCUGUGUGACCAGUGUUAAAUAAA